GGGGCGCGCCGGGGACUCGGGGCGCAAGCCGCCGGUUUCGAUUAGUGCGCGGAGCUGCGGCGGCGGAGCAGGGAGCUGAGCUACGCGGCGCAGAGCCCCGCAGUGAGGUGGUGGGGCGGCGGGGGCGCGGGCGCUCAGAGUCCGGCUGGCGGCCGCGAAGGUGUGGAGAGGCGAGCCCGAACGCGGAGCCACGGCCGCCCAGACCACCCAGCCCGGCCACCGCAGCGCCUGCAGUCGCGAGCGCGCCCAGGACUGCGCGCGGGCGGGGGCGCGCAGGCCCUGCCCGCCCCUUCCGUCCCCACCCCACUCCGCCCCUUCCUCUCCCCACCUUCCUCUCCCCUCCUGCGCCCCCGCGCCGGGCGCCUACCCUGUCCUCCGGCGGGAGCGCUGUCCGUGGCGGCGGCCGGAGCGGGCCGGGCCGGGGGAUGGCGCUGCUGGACCUGGCCCUGGAGGGAAUGGCCGUCUUCGGGUUCGUCCUCUUCUUGGUGCUGUGGCUGAUGCAUUUCAUGGCCAUCAUCUACACCCGAUUACACCUCAACAAGAAGGCAACUGACAAACAGCCAUAUAGCAAGCUCCCAGGUGUGUCUCUUCUGAAACCACUGAAAGGAGUGGAUCCUAACCUCAUCAACAACUUGGAAACAUUCUUUGAAUUGGAUUAUCCCAAAUAUGAAGUACUCCUUUGUGUACAAGAUCAUGAUGAUCCAGCCAUUGAUGUAUGUAAGAAGCUUCUUGGGAAAUAUCCAAAUGUGGAUGCCAGAUUGUUCAUAGGUGGCAAAAAGGUUGGCAUUAAUCCUAAAAUUAAUAAUCUAAUGCCAGGAUAUGAAGUUGCCAAGUAUGAUCUUAUCUGGAUUUGUGAUAGUGGAAUAAGAGUAAUUUCAGACACGCUCACUGACAUGGUCAACCAAAUGACAGAGAAAGUAGGCUUGGUUCAUGGGCUGCCUUAUGUAGCAGACAGACAGGGCUUUGCGGCCACAUUAGAACAGGUAUAUUUUGGAACUUCUCAUCCAAGGUCCUAUAUCUCUGCCAAUGUAACUGGUUUCAAAUGUGUGACAGGAAUGUCUUGUUUAAUGAGAAAGGAUGUGUUAGAUCAAGCAGGAGGGCUUAUAGCUUUUGCUCAAUACAUUGCUGAAGAUUACUUUAUGGCCAAAGCAAUAGCUGACCGAGGUUGGAGGUUUGCGAUGUCCACUCAAGUUGCAAUGCAAAACUCUGGUUCAUAUUCAAUUUCUCAGUUUCAAUCCAGAAUGAUCAGGUGGACCAAAUUACGAAUUAACAUGCUUCCUGCUACAAUAAUUUGUGAGCCGAUUUCAGAAUGCUUUGUUGCCAGUUUAAUUAUUGGAUGGGCAGCUCACCAUGUAUUCAGAUGGGAUAUUAUGGUAUUUUUCAUGUGUCAUUGCCUGGCAUGGUUUAUAUUUGACUACAUUCAACUCAGGGGUGUCCAGGGUGGUACACUGUGUUUUUCAAAACUUGAUUAUGCAGUAGCUUGGUUCAUCCGUGAAUCCAUGACAAUAUACAUUUUUUUGUCGGCAUUGUGGGACCCUACUAUAAGCUGGAGAACUGGUCGCUAUAGAUUACGCUGUGGAGGAACAGCAGAAGAAAUCUUAGAUGUAUAACUACAGCUUUGUGACUGUACAUAAAGGAAAAAAGAGAAGUAUUAUAAAUUAUGUUUAUAUAAAUGCUUUUAAAGAUCUACCUUCAGUAGUUUUAUCAUAUGUAUGUUUUGGUAUCUGUAAUUUAUUUUGCAUGGCACUUGCAUCUGUGAAAAAAAAAAACAACACAUCUGUAGUCUUGGCCAAAUGGUACCCUUUAUUUUGUGGAAGUAGAAAAUCAAGAGAAUUGGUUCUAGGAACCUAGAUUUGGUUUCUGUUGUUUAUUUUUUUUUAAUUUACAUAUAUAUAUGUAUAUGUGUAUAUGUAUAUAUAUGUGUGUGUAUAUAUAUAUAUAUAUAUAUAUAUGUAUGAGCUCUGCAACAAACACUGACAGUAUCCUUCAGUAGAAAAAGUUUCUUAUUUGUGAGUACACUUUUAGAACAUUUAUAGGAUGGCAGCAGCUUUGGGGGUUUAGAAAAGACUAGAAGGUAAUCACUGUUCACGUCUGAAGUGAACAGUGUCACGCAGUGAACAAUCCGCAGUGAGGUACUAACCGAGAAACUUUUUCAUGCUUUAUGCCUACCUCUUGUAGUUGUUGCAGAGCAGAUAUAAAUUGUAAUAAGGUAGUUAGGCCUUGCAAAAACAAACAGAAAAACUUUAAAAAUAAUAAAAGAGCUGGAGUCUAGUAUUUCUAUGAAUCUGUGAGAGAGAUUUUUUUGGUCUCACUGCAAUGAACCAAAAGUGGUUGAGUUUGGUUUUUAUUUGUAGCCGUGUAUUGAAGGCAUCUUUCUGACCAACUCGUGUUGGUUCUGUCUUGAACCAUUGUUAAUCACUGUGCUGGUAAACCUUUCCUUUCCUUCCCUGCUCCUCACCCGACACACCUCAUCUUUCCUUAACUUUUGUUUGGGGGGUGGGGGUGGGGGUGGUUUUGUUUUAGUGUGAAUGGAUGUUUUGAUAGUUGUGAGGAAAAAUGCAUUUCAGACACAUUUCACACAUGAGCUAUUUUCUUACACAGUAUGUCUUAUUGUUAAAAAGAAUGUAAUUUCAUGAUACAGGUAUUUAAUAUCUUUUUUAAGUAAGUAAAUAUAUAGCCAUCAAUAAUUAAAUUGCAGUAGAGUAUUAAGAGGGGACAGGAUGAGUUUUACUCUUAAAAUUAAUCAGUAUCAAACUAAGUCUACUGUGUGUGGUUUUUUUGUUUUGUUUUGUUUUUUUUACUAUUAUAGUUAGUCUAGUCUUAUUUAAAUUGGAUUUUUGUAUUCCAGUUUGUAUGACAAAAUAGACUAGAUCAGUGCGAGCUGUAAAUGCAUGCUGUAUUUCACUCUUCUCUGCUCCAUCAUGCCGCUAAACUUGCUUGUCAGGUUGUGCUUAACUUGUGGUGAACUGGACUUGUUUUUGUUUUUAAAAAAAAAUAGGCAAAUAUGUAAGGGACAGUGCAUAAGCCUUUCUUUUUUUUCGUAGUGGAAUUUUUGCUUUUUCUGUAGGAUUGGAUGGCAUGUUGUCUGUAUGAAUGCCUGCUGCAGGGCUGACUCUGGCAAUAUGGCAGCUUUAAAUUCUGUUACUACAGUUUCCAUGUCAAACCAUAUGUGUAGCAUAUUAGCAAUAACUACAUAUUUAUAGGAAAUGAACACUUUAUCACUUCACUGAGCCAAUUCAUUUAAUUGUCUAAUGACUAUAUACAUGGUUUAAAUUGUAUUAUAUCUGUAAAUGUGUAUAUACUAUGUAUACACAUUAAUAUAUAAGCUUUUCUCUGGGCCAAACUGCUUCAUUCUUUUUUUUUCUCCCUGCCUUAUGAUGAAUUUGUUUGAAGGGCAUCCUCUUCGUGAAUAAAGGCUUUGAUGCAUAUUCCUUUCUAUGUGAAAUGGGUAGUAUUGUUCCCUGAGGAAAGUUGCACAGUGAAAACCAGUCUAGUUGUGACCCACUCCGUGUUUCUGUUUUUAAAUCACUGUUAUACAAGUUGGAUUUUGUAAUUUGUUGGUUUGUUUAAUGAAGUUUGGUUGAUGCCAUCCUAUGCACUGCCGAAGUGAAAUCUUGCUUAUUACUUAGCUUUUUGCUGAUCUCAGUAUGGGCAAGGGAACAACAAAACCAAAAUGGCUGGACAGACUUCUUGUGUUUUGUAAAUACAAAAAAAGGACUGUUCUGUCUGUGUGUUUUAUGUGGUAGUGGAGUAUUUCCUUCAAGUGAAGCUUCACUUAAGCAGACAGAGUGAUUCUUUGUUUAGCAAGUUUAGAGUGAUAAUAAAAUGGUAAGAAAUAAUAUAAAUGUUGAAGAAAGUAUCACAACAGAACUGUAGGAUUCCCAAUUUAAUAAACUGUCUUUUCAAAGUGUCUAGAAUAUGCCAUGUUUUAUUAUUUAAAAUCAUUGUCUUAAGUUUUUUGUUCAAAAAAUAAAAAUUUGAAUACAA